AUGACUUUCUUAACUGUAUUUACUGUUAUUUGUGCGAUUACCGCCGCAGCUACUUCAGCCAGCCAAUUGAAUAGGUCGACCGUUGUGCGUCCACAAGCGAAUCCUGCCGAUGCGUUUCAAACGAAAUUACAUACGACGAGCUUUAAUGAACGCAUCACUAACGGAGAAUUAGCUGGACGUGCACAAAUUCCAUAUCAGGCGGGCAUGUUGUUCUAUACAACUUUAGGGAGAGUUUGGUGUGGCGGAUCAAUCAUAUCGGAUCGUUGGAUUAUCACCGCGGCUCAUUGUGCUGAUGAGUUAAUCGCUGGCGUUGAUGUUUACGUGGGUGCACUAAAUAGAACAGAUCCCAAUGAAGCUGGUCAACAUAUAAUUUUCGUAGCAAAUAAGCAUAUUAUUGUACAUGAGAAUUAUGAUGAAAUCGAGCUAACGAAUGAUGUUGCCUUGAUUAAGCUGCCAGUGCCACUGGAGUUCACCGAGUUCAUUCAACCAGUCGAACUUCCGAAUGGUGACGAAGCUAAUGAAACUUUCGAAAAUGAAACCGUCAUAGCGUCCGGUUGGGGUAGAAUCUCCGAUGAGGAUAACGAACUCACCGAUAUUCUACGCUGGAUUGAUGCACCGGUUAUUAGCAACAGUGAGUGCAGUUCAUGGAUUUAUGGCUCCAUACAAGCAACAAAUAUUUGCAUCGGCACUACUGAAAACAAGUCAACAUGUCAUGGUGACGCCGGCGGUCCUCUGGUUUUAGCACAAGACUCAACACUUAUUGGCGUGGCCACCUUUAAUAUAAUCUACAGCUGUGAGAUUGGUGGACCAGCUCCUUUUAGCCGAGUAACUUCGUAUCUCGACUGGAUUGAAGCUAAAACUGGUGUUUCGAACCAAUAACAAGUUCUUGAUAUAUGUCUUUUUAGAAAAUAAAUAAGUCCCUGUA